CUGGAACUCCCGCUACCUUCCAUAGCCGAAGAAGAAGCAACCACCAGCCCUCUUUACAGUUAUCCUCCUGACAACCGCUAGCGUCACCGUCACGCCGUUCUCCGCCACGUGUCAUCUGAACUUCCACUGGCCUCAGAUAACCUCAUCUUCGAUUCCCGUGCACAUAUAAGAACGCUAUUAUCUUCCACUCUCUCCUUGAAUUGCGUGAUUUUGUCAACCGAUGAAAUUCAAUCUUGUCUGAUUUCGAUACAGAUUGAAGAAAAAAAGUACAUAGAGUUCUCAGAGAUCAACUCUAUCGCCGGAGAAAGAUGGAUCAUGCCGCCGAUGCCUUCCGGACGGAUUUGAUGACCAUAACUCGGUUUGUGCUGAAUGAACAGUCGAAGCAUCCGGAAUCACGCGGUGAUUUCAGUAUCCUGCUCAGUCACAUUGUUCUAGGUUGCAAGUUUGUCUGCUCCGCUGUUAACAAGGCAGGUUUGGCAAAACUCAUUGGACUUGCUGGGGAGACGAAUGUACAGGCAAAAGAGCAGAAGAAACUGGAUGUUCUGUCAAAUGAAGUUUUUGUGAAAGCUUUGGUCAGCAGUGGUAGAACAUGCAUACUUGUUUCUGAAGAAGAUGAAGAUGCAAUAAUUGUGGAACCAUCUAAACGGGGAAGGUAUUGUGUUGUUUUCGAUCCCCUGGAUGGAUCUUCCAACAUUGACUGUGGUGUUUCCAUAGGAACUAUUUUUGGGAUUUACAUGAUAAAAGAUGGUGAUGAGGCAACUUUAGAAGAUGUAUUGCAGCCUGGAAAGAAUAUGGUAGCUGCUGGAUACUGCAUGUAUGGUAGCUCUUGCACGCUUGUGUUAAGCACUGGAUCAGGUGUCAAUGGAUUUACUCUUGAUCCAUCUCUAGGGGAGUUUAUACUCACCCAUGCAGACAUUAAGAUUCCAAAGAAAGGAAAGAUUUAUUCGGUCAAUGAAGGAAAUGCCAAGAACUGGGAUGGUCCCACUGCGAAAUUUGUGGAAAAAUGCAAGUACCCCACAGAUGGUUCAUCCGCAAAAUCCUUAAGAUAUAUCGGAAGUAUGGUUGCGGAUGUUCAUCGGACCUUACUUUAUGGGGGUGUCUUUUUGUACCCUGCUGAUAAGAAGAGCCCUAAUGGGAAAUUAAGGGUUCUCUAUGAAGUGUUCCCAAUGUCGUUCUUGAUGGAACAAGCAGGUGGACAGUCAUUUACCGGAAAGGAGCGGGCACUUGACUUGGUACCAAAGAAGAUACAUGAAAGGUCUCCGAUAUUCUUGGGAAGCUAUGAUGACGUGGAAGAAAUCAAGGCAUUGUAUGCAGCUGAAGAAAAGGCAAAUUAAACUAAUUAAUUAUCUUAUCCAUGUUGUUCUUUUGUUUAUAAAAUCAUGCUACUUUUCUUCUUAUUUGUAAUAAUUAAAAAAAAAGCUACCUUUUAUGUAAUUGCCUUUAUAUGUAUUACAGUUUAGACAAUCUUCUAAAUAACAUG